UUAAUUUGAAUUCCCACUUCAGCUUUCAAACACCCACCUGCUUCUAUAAAAUUACAGGGUUAGUGGGUGGGGGGUGGCUACAGAAAAAGGGGAGUCAGAUGGAUAUCUACAUUUGUUCCACGAUGGUUGCUUUGUUUUCUGCUUUAAGCAGUGCUACGAAUGGGGUGGAGAGAAGGAAAAGUUUGGGUCAUGAGUCAGGAGAAGCUGAGCAUGACAUUUAUCAACCCAGAGAAAAAUGUUUUGAUGUGACCCUCUAUGAAUAUUUUGAGAGUGGAGAAAGCUGGUCAAGGCUCUAUCUAGGAACAGUGCAACAGUGCACUUGUGUUAACAGCCUCCUUGAAUGCCAACAUCAACAGAACACAGAUUGCACUAUCAAUCCAUGCCUCCAUGGCAGUUCCUGCAGGAAGAUUAUCUUCUCUAACGUAACAGUCUGUGGGUGCAUAAAACCUUUUGCAGGGAAAUAUUGCAAUAUUGUUCCUAGCCAAUUGUGUUAUUCUGGCAAUGGAACAAAUUACAGGGGCAUUGUAAAGACAACCAUUUCUGGAAAUAAUUGUCUGCCAUGGAAUUCAGAUUUGCUUUACCAAGAGCUUCAUACUAACAUUGCUCUAAGUCCUGUUCAACUGGGAUUGGGACCACAUCCAUACUGCCGAAAUCCAGAUGAAGAUGAGAAGCCAUGGUGCUAUUUUGUCAGAGACAACUUAGUGUCUUGGGAAUACUGCAACAUUACAUCAUGUGAGAGGAGGGGAAGGAUGCUGCCGCUGCCACCACCAAACCCAGAAAUCUUUGAUGAGACUGCUGUUGUUGUGAGGAGUUCAUGUGGGAGAAGACAUAGGAAGCGAAAUUUCUUAAGACCUAGGAUUGUAGGGGGAUCUUCUGCCUUGCCAGGAUCGCAUCCCUGGUUGGUCUCCAUAUAUAUUGGAAAUAAUUUCUGUGCUGGAAGCCUUAUCCGUUCUUGUUGGGUGGUGACAUCUGCACAUUGUUUCACUAACAGCCCACUGAAGUCAACUAUUCGAGUUGUUUUGGGACAACAUUCAUUUAAUACAACAACAGAUGUUACUCAAGAAUUUGAUGUAGAGAAGUACAUUAUGUUUCCUGACUACACAGUAUACAAUCCAACUGAAAAUGAUAUUGUUUUAGUUAAGCUGAAGAAAGCCAAACAGCGUUGCGCAGUGAAGUCCCAAUUUGUUCGACCAAUCUGCUUACCAGGAAAUGGAAUGUCCUUUCCAGAUAAUUACAAAUGCCAAAUUGCAGGAUGGGGAUAUUUGCAUGAAAAUUCCUCCAGCUACUCUAGUGUACUGCAAGAAGUAAUAAUACCAAUCAUCCCUGAUUACAAGUGUCAGAACUCUGAUAUUUAUGGAGCAGAAAUUAGUGAAAAUAUGUUCUGUGCUGGUUACCUUGAUAGCAAAUCAGAUGCCUGCCAGGGAGAUUCUGGAGGAUCACUGGCCUGUGAGAAAGAUGGAAUAUCUUACUUGUAUGGCAUUAUCAGUUGGGGUGAUGGUUGCAGCAAGGCUGGAAAGCCUGGCGUUUAUACAAAAGUGACAAAAUAUGUGGACUGGAUGAAUAAGAAAAUAAAUCCAAAUCCACAGCCUUACAGUGAUAAUAUAUUUUAAAUUUUGCUAACAUUAUGGAGUGUCAUAAUCAUUGUUUAUAUGCUAAAUGUUGUCAUAAAAAGGCCCUCUGUUAUGUUUCUGCUGUGUCUUUCUAUUCUGUUUAUUUCACAAUAAUAUACCUCAUAAUAAUGUAAGUUAUAUUGAUGCUGCAAAAAAGAAUUGUUUAUACUAAUGCUGCAUGCAGGAGCACAUUUUGCUUUUCUGAAAAUUCUCCCCUCAAACCAAGACAUUUCAUCUCAUAUGUUCACCCUGGUGGGAUCUACACUAAUGGUUUAAAAUGUUAAGGAAGGGUUGUGAUCACCUAUCGGGUCACACGACGCUGUGGUUGUAACGUUUUAUCAUCGAUGUAUUUACCUUCCUUCUUUCGUUGUAUUUUUCCGUUGUUGUGUUUAAAUACUGUUGCAAGUCAUCUUAUGUGUCCCCUUCCCUCGUUAUUGUUUUGUCUCACUGAAUUUUCAAGCCUCGAUGGUCAGCCAAUCACUUUCCUGGGGGCAUGGAUACUUCCUUUCUGCGCCUAAAACUAGUGCACUAUAAGCUCCAAAGGGCUUUGAGGGAGGACAUUUAAAAAAAUCAUAACAAAUAAAUGGAUGACCCAAUCUGAUUAAAAUUUGUUAUGCUGAAAGCCCUCAUUAAGGGCCAAUUUUGAACUCUUUAUCGUUAAAACUCAUGCAGAUGUAAGCAUUUGUUUAAUUUCCAUUUAAAAAAUCAUAAAAAAUCAAUGGGGGUGGAAAGCAAAGCUAGGAGAUCAGGAAGUGGGCAGAGCAAAGAGGCCAGCAAUGAAGAGGAAAAAUAAAACUAACAGUGUGGCCUGCUCUAAUCAAAAGGUUAGUAACUCAACAUUACUGAAAAGUGCCUCGUGAUGUUUAAAAAUGACCCAAAUUAAAACAUUUCCAGUAGUAGGAAAAAACGUAAAGCACUAGUGUAGAUCCGCCCCCCUGUGGUCCCUAAGGGGACAAUGGGGAUAAUUCCCCAGUCGAGCAGGGGGGAAAUAGUGCUAGUCUCCCCUGCCCCUCUGAUGGCCUCCCUGCCCUGCCAAUUGGAUUUUUUAGGCCCUAGUGUGCUUCCCAUCCCUGCAUUCAUCGGGGCCUGAAAGAGCAAAGGAAGGGGGAGGUAUGGGGAAAUGCACUUUCCGGGCCUCUCCCCACUCCCUCGCCCAUUAGGCCCCAAAAGGCCUCUUCCUGCUUUCCAUUCAGAGGUCCUUUCAGGCUCAGAAGGGCAUGGGGGAAGGGAGUGAAAGCGCACAUCCAAGGCCUCCGGAAAUGGCGCAGCAUGCUAAUGGCAUGCCAUGGGAAUUGCGCAC